AAAGCGGUCGAAUGACAGCGACGGACAGUCAGAGCUCUCUCGAGCGAUCCUGCAUUGUCCCGCUUGAGCGAGCUCGCUCGCCUCGUCCAUCGCCCAAGGCCCGAAGGGAGCGAGCAUUGCCAAGCGUGCCAGAAACAAAGGAACAAAGAAACGAACAAGGAAAGAGAGAGAGAGGAAGGACGAAAGUGAGCGAGCGAGGGAGGCGGUGCAACUAGGGACUUUUUAUAUGACUUGACCACGUCGUCGUUCGCCUCUUCUCCUCCGUCGCUGUGUGCCGAAGUGGGAAGGAGGCCGCUCUGAAUGAAGAAAGGACUAACGAAGGGGUAUGUUGGGAUUGAGUGAGGGGAUUGGAAUUCCUGGUGAAAUUUCUUCUUAGAAUGGAUCUCUCGGCAAGUCGACUUCAGAGAGCAUACCAUGCACUGCUGAAGGCAGUUUCAGACGUGCUAGAGGCAAAAGAAAGUGCUGAUUCUCACCGGACCGCAAGAACGGACGCAGCUUUGGAGCACUUUUACAGUACUUUUCAGCUUUUCCAGGCAACCUGCGACCAAGCUCAAGAGUUUGUGGAUUCGGUGAGGCAGAGGAUAGGAUCGGAGUGUAUCGUGGACGAAGCAACUGGCCCCAUAUCUCAAAAACUAAUCAAACUGUCGGAAGAAGGAGCGAAUAGGUCAGCAAUUCCACCACUCAGUGCUACCAGGUUGGAGCAGAUGAGCAAGGCAGUUCGUUUACUGGUUCUAGAGUUGCAACCCAGCUCAAGUACCGCGAUACCCCAACCAUCGAUCGACAGCAGACCAGCGGACGACAUGUCUCACUAGCUUGUUAUCCUCGCUUUUUCAUGAAGUGCACCUGUCAAAAUGAGGAUCCGGCGCUUCACUGCUGCAGUUUCAAUCAGUGAGAAAAGAACAUAAGAAAAGUUCCGUAGAGCCUAUCACCUGUCUCCGAGGCAGUGGCUUUGAAGUUGUUCGAGGGUGGCGAGGAGUUGUUGCUGUCCAGCAAAACGGACUGAUAACUUCCUGGGUCGUGAAAUAAACUGUUUUGCUGCUACCCGUCUUCUUUGACAAAACUGUCAAUGGGCCGGCUACUAUUUUACGACAUUUUAGACAAACCUGCUAGUAGUAUUAUCAUAGGCUUCUGCUCGGUGAUAUGGUUAUACAUUCAGAAGAAAGGUCUUGGAUACGCGAAUUUGGGGUUAAGCUAUGAAACAGUGGUGUCAGGAGGACAACACUGGCGUCUUCUGACAUCUGCUUUUUCUCACAUCAGUUUUCUGCAUCUGGUGUUCAACAUGAGCUCUCUCUGGAGUUUAGGAGUCAUUGAGGCCCUUCCGCAAUUAGGUCUCGGUAUCAGAUAUUAUUUACACUACACUCUGGUAUUGUUGACCGCAUCUAGUUUAGUAGUUUUGGGCUUCUAUCACAUCCUGAUCCACCGAUUCAAGUUCGACUUUUACCGACGGGUCACGGCUGUGGGUUACUCUUGUGUAGUUUUUGGAUGGAUGACUAUUCUUUCCGUUAAGCAUCCUUCUUCCAAGUUGGAACUCUUUGGUCUUCUUUCACUUCCUAUUAGCUAUGCCCCUUUCGAGUCCUUAGUUUUCACGUCCAUCAUUGUUCCCCAGGCAAGCUUCCUAGGGCAUCUGUCAGGUAUACUUGUAGGCUAUAUGAUAGCUUGGAAUGUAUUUCAAGGUAUGACCGACUUCUGGGCCAUAACUUUUCUCGGUUGGUUGGUUGUAAUGUUCGUCAUUAGCUUGAAGAAAACCUCUGAAUUUGACAUACCCUUUCUACAUGUUGAGUCAGUUGCUGACGUUAUUAUGCCAGCAGUAGGUUUAGAUACUUCUUUCAACUUAGAGGCCACAGACGAGAAUACUUUGCCACUUGAAGGGAGCGAUUUAGUAUAGAUCUGAAGGAUGUCAACCUGCUGGAGUCUUCAUAGAUUAUGGAGCAAUAAAAGAACAUCUCGUAUGAGAUAGAUUCUUUAAAUUCAAAAUGACAAAUUUCUAGUGU